CUUAUCCGCGGUAAUCUCAGACCUUAUCAUAUGAUAAGAACGGGUUACUCCAGGUCCGCUGCUAACCGUGCCACUUGCCAUCCUGAUUGGACUCGUCUACUAAUCAAUCAAACCAGCAUCCUUCUUAGUAUCCUUGAGAUUUAAAUCCUAAAGAACCUGGGGAUCUUUAACAACUUACUGCUGAUAACACCACGAGUCUAGAAGCUUCCUAUUUAUCUGUAACCUCACCUCGGUCAUUUGCUAUACAAACUGGACUAUCGCAAUUAUCGCCAUGAUGACCAGCACAUCCAACCCGCCAACCAACUUCUCCAUUUCAACCGCCCGCCUUAACAUCACCUACUUCGACCCGACCAGCCCAUCUCACAGCGCCUUCCUCGCUCACCUCUGGAACACCCCCGACUUCAUCGCCAGCAACGGCAAAACCUCCAUCACAGACAGCCAUUCCGCCCAGACCUUCAUUCAGACCCGGAUCAUUCCCCAAUACACCCGCAAAGGAUUCGGCCUCCUCCUCGUCAACCUCAGGCCCACCUCCAACUCAUCUCAUCAAAACACCCUCCCGAUUGGCACUGUAAGCCUCAUGCAAGGCGAUCCACCAAAUUGCUACUCUGCACCAGAUGUUGGAUUCGCUAUUCUUCCAGAGCACCAAGGGCGAGGAUACGCGACUGAGGCAGCGAAGGCGGCCAUUUCGUACGUGCAACGCGAGUGGAACGUGCAGGGAGUGUUUGGGUUUUGUGUGCCGGGCAAUAUGCGUAGUCGGAGGGUGUUGGAGAAGAGUGGGCUGGAGUUCAGGGGGGUGAGGAAGUUGAGAGUGUUCGGGGGAAGGGAGAGUGCAGUAUUUGCUUUGGUGGGAAUGGAGGAGGAUUUGGGGGUUUAUGGGAUUGAUACAUAGAUAGAUAUAUUGAAGGAUGGAUGCGGAUUAGCUCCUAGGGGUCUAGAUAGCAGCAUACCGGAAUUAUUGGGGGUUUAUUCUGCUUCUGGGUUGUGAUCUGUCCAAUUGGCUAAGUAGAACUAUCAUGAAUGAUUGAUUUUCAAAAUUCCAUAGUAUCACGGCUG